UCCGCUAGCUAGCCAUCUGGUACAACUACCGAAUCCUGAACGUUUGAUGCAGUCUGAGUUCAUUGGAAUCCUUAGCGUACGUUUAGUUAGCUAGAUAGCCGAAAAUGAACCACACCGGGUCCGGCAAAUCCAAAGGAAAAACAUUCCUUUUUACCUCGGAAUCCGUCGGGGAGGGACAUUCGGAUAAAAUGUGUGACCAAAUUAGCGACGCUGUGCUUGAUGCCUACCUGGCUCAAGAUCCUGACUCCAAAGUGGCUUGUGAAUGUGUGGCAAAGACAGGCAUGAUCCUGCUGUGUGGAGAGGUCACAUCUAAAGGAAAAGUGGACCUUCAGGCCAUUGUUAGAAACACCAUUAAAAGUAUUGGCUAUGAUGAGUCCUCCAAAGGUUUUGAUUACAAGACCUGCAAUGUCCUGGUGGCCAUUGAACCUCAGGCCCCCGAGAUUGCCAACUGUGUAUUUGAAGGCAGGAAUGAGGAUGACAUUGGUGCUGGAGACCAGGGUUUGAUGUUUGGCUACGCCACUGACGAAACGGAGGAGUGCAUGCCAUUGACCAUCCUCCUGGCUCAUAAGCUCAAUGCCAAGAUGAAGGAGCUCUCUCGUAAUGGAGUGUGCCCCUGGAUAAGACCAGACUCCAAGACACAGGUCACGGUUGAGUACCGGGAGAACAUGGGUGCCAUGGAGCCACUGAGAGUCCACACGGUAGUCAUCUCUGUACAGCACAGCAGUGAUGUCAGUCUGCAGGAGAUUCGCCAGGACCUGAUGGAAAAAGUGGUCCGAGCUGUGAUCCCGCCUAAGUACCUGGAUGACAGGACCAUCUACCACCUUCUGCCCAGUGGGAAAUUCAUCAUGGGGGGCCCACAGGGUGAUGCAGGACUUACAGGUCGGAAGAUAAUUGUGGAUACCUACGGUGGCUGGGGUGGCCAUGGAGGGGGUGCUUUCUCUGGGAAGGACUGCUCCAAAGUGGAUCGUUCUGGAGCUUAUGCAGCCCGCUGGGUUGCCAAGUCCCUUGUUAAAGCCAAGCUUUGCAGGAGAGUUCUGGUCCAGGUAUCCUAUGCCAUCAGUGUGAGCCACCCUCUGUCCAUCUCUGUGUUUCACUAUGGCACAUCCACCCGGGAUGAAGAUGAGCUGCUACAGAUUGUGCAGAAAAAUUUUGACCUGCGGCCAGGAGUCAUUUUGAGGGAGCUCAAUUUGAAAAGGCCCAUCUACCAGAAAACUGCCUGCUAUGGACACUUUGGAAGAGAAGAAUUUCCUUGGGAGAAGCCAAAAUCACUGGUGUUUUGA